CUGCGCGUCAGUUCGUCCAUUCUCGCGGAACGGGACGGUCUGUACGGAUAUUUCAAUUAUUCGAUCGAACAAUCAAGUAAUAAAAAUCAGUAAAUCGAAUCGAAAAUGAGAACGUUACUAGCCGUAUUGGCGUCGGUGUCGUUGGUUCGUGGUAUUGAAUACGAUGGUCUUCGCGUCAAAUUCGGCUGGUCAGACGCGCUGGCUGACAUGGAGUACUUCUUCAAGAUCCCUCGCACCAGCAAGGACGCGGAGACCGAAGGUUGGAGACGCACGGAGCGUCCUCCAGGACCGCUGCCAGAACUGAGGAUGUACUGUCCUCAAGGCCGGACUGUUUGCCCCCUGUUUGACGCGGGGGGGUUCGUUACUGGGCUACAGAUUUCUUUGCCAGUGGACGAGUACGAGUCUCUGGCAAUGAAGCCUGAGAAGAGGCUAGUAAAGUGGCGAGCACCCGCGCUGGAGGGCGAGCCCUCAAGAGACUACUGGACCCUCACGCAGUACUUCGUCUCUGAAGAGUCUCUGAAAGCCGGAGCAGGCCCACAAGUGGAGAACGGCGCGACUCUCCAAGAUGGCGGCGUGUGGGUGACAGGGCUGGACGGAAGACUGAUGAGGAUCCCCAGCACUGAGGCCGAGCUCAACAGCACAUCUUUUAAGAAACAGAACUGCAUUCCUAACAUGGGUACGCACUACUACUACAACAUGACGCCCGAAAUGAAAUGCGAAGACACUCUACCCUGGUUCGCGCUAGUAAGCCAGGGCGAUUUGAUCGGAACCGGUUUCCAGAUAUUCGGUCGAGUUGGACGCCAGAAGUACCGGGAUUGGUUCGAGCGCCCGCCUGGCGCGCGGCAGGGUGCUGAGCUCACGAUCCCGUUCGCCCCUCCGUGCCUGUACGAGUGGGUGUCAUCGUACGGCAUCGUGUCGAUGCACAUCUAUUACGUCGACAAACCUUGGACGAUUAAAUGCCAGACAGGUGACUCGGUGAAACCUGCGCCGGCGCUGGACCGGCUCAUGUUCAGUGGCUACCGGUACGCGAGCCAAGUUGCCGAUGAGGUCAAGAAGCUCUUCAGUGGAUAACUAUUCGAAUAGCGCAGUGGUUCCUAACCUUUUCAGUACUGUCACCCCUUUGACUAACUAGGGAACUCGAUUUUAUCCCUCCUCCAUAAUCUUGCUUAUCUUUGAUUUUGAACCCCGUAUUUCCGCUCUCAUUUUAAAACUACGUGUUGGAUUGUAAUGAAGCUUUGCACAUACGAUGACAUGAGGUUUAUCUAGGUCUGAAAUUAGUUUAUACCUAUAGCUCCAGUUUAUAGUUAAAACAGACGAAAUAGAGCAAAAACAAGUUUUGUAUGAAAAACUUAAAUUCGCUGUAUUUUUGUAACUAUGGUAUCUGAAGCUACAUAAACUAAUUACAGACAUAGAUAUACCUUAUCCUAUUGUAAGUACAAAGUAUCAGAGUAAUCUAGCUAGUCGUUUUAAAAUGAGAGCGGAAUUACGUUUGUAUGGAGAACCGAGCUUGUGGGAGACCCUUAAUCAUUUAGGUAAUUUCAUUUUUUUCCAGUGGAUUACGAAUAAUCUGUAUCUAUCUAAUCAGUAGGUAUCUGUUUCUUGGAAAAUCCUAAAUCGAGUGUAUGAUAAAACAAAACACCAUUGUAAACUUUUAUUUUAAUCUUACCGAUCUCUUAACGAUAGAACAUUUAAUUAUUCACUGUGCAUAUAUUUAUUUGUGCACUGAAAAUUUGUGCCUUUCGGAUGCUAGAAAACCUUACCAAUAUUAUUAUUAUUACAGAAUGUGAAAGUUGCGGAAAGUUUCCAAAAAGUUGGAAAAGUUCACGGAAAUUUCAGAAAAUAAUCACAAGAAACAAAGGAAACUUUCAUUUUAGAAUUGUAAAAUUUCGAUUCCCAAUCAAAAAUAUCGGAAGUUUCCGUAUAUUUUCCAUGUGGUAAUUUAGCAAUUUUGGAAACUUUCCGACGGCACAUCAAUAAAUAUUAUACCUGUU